AUGGCGUGCCCCAAAGUGAGCGAAGCCUUGGCCCAGGUGCAGUCCUCGCCCGACCAAGCCGCGGCCUUCAACUCGCUCCUCACGAACCUCCGGUCGCUGUCCACACCGCAGACGGUCAGCGACGACCUAAAGACCAUCAUAACCGCCAUCUUCUCCGGCUCGCUCGGCAUAGUGGCGCUGCGGUCCCUCCUGACGACCUUCAUCGCGACGCUCAAAGACUUCAACAACGCCGACGUCUACAUCGAGGCCGGGCAGCACGCGCUCGACGUGCUGGCGGCGCAGACGUCGGUCUCGUUCCAGGAGCAGGCGGCCACGAUCCGCGAGCUGGUGGCCGACGGCCACGAGAGCAACGAGGACUGGCUCGAGGCGGCCAAGGUGCUGGCCGACAUGCCGCUCGACAGCGCCCAGCGCAAGGUGACCAACGAGGAGCGCGUCCGGAUCUGGGUGCGCAUCGUGCGCAACUACCUCGAGGUCGACGACACCACCGCCGCCGACACGUACCUCAACAAGCUCAAGAACGUCAUCUACACCGUCACCGACCCCUCGCUCAACCUGCACUUCAAGCUGUCGGCCGCGCGCAUCCAGGAUUCGAAGAGGGAGUUCCUGUCCGCGAGCCAGGCCUACCACGACAUCAGCUUCUCGCCCGCCGUGUCCGAGGAGGAGCGCCAGCACACUCUGGGGAUGGCGGUCAAGUGCGCCAUCCUGGCGCCCGCCGGCCCCCUGCGCAGCCGCGCCCUCGGCCGCCUGUGCAAGGACGAGCGCGCCCCCAGCCUCGACGAGUUCGGCAUGCUGGAGAAGAUGUUCUUCGACCGGCUGCUCGCGCCGGCCGAGGUCGACAAGUUCGCGCAGGGCCUGUCGCCGCACCAGCUCGCGACCACCUCGGACGGGUCGACGGUGCUGGCCAAGGCCGUCGUCGAGCACAACCUGCUGGGCGCCUCGCGGCUGUACAGCAACAUCGGGUUCGACGCGCUGGGCGUGCUGCUGGGGCUCGACGCUGACAGGGCCGAGGACACGACGGCCCGCAUGAUCGAGCAGGGCCGCCUCGUCGGCCGCAUCGACCAGAUCGAGCGCGUCAUCUGGUUCGAGGGCGAGCGCGAGGCCUCAGGCGAGAAGGGCAGCGGCCGCGCCGAGAUCACCGUUGGCAAGGAGAUGCGGAGGUGGGACGCCAACGUCCAGGGCCUGGCCGAGGAGGUCGAGAACGUCACGAAUGCGCUGCAGCGGGAGUUUCCCGAGUUUGUGGCGGCCACUCUGGUCGUAUGA